GCUUGUGGUAUUAUAUGAAUGCGCAACAAUGGCCAAGCAUGACAAUAGUAGGAUCGUCAAACUAUGGAUAUAGGUCAACAGAGAGAGACCUGGAAGCUCAAGCAAUAUUGAUAACUACCAACGGAGUGCUUAGGAAAGCGAUUCAUGAGGAAUUGCAGCAUCUCCGAGAGAACACCACCACGGUAACAUCCGAAACAUUUCAACAAGUUGAUAGAAAGGUUCCAUAUCUAGUUCUAAUUGCCAUAAAGUUUGUUAAAACCAUGUUUUGA